AUGCAGGGAUUCUCGAUCAUUCUAAUGCAGGAACCUUACGUGGGUGCAAAAGCUCACCUAUCUGUGGGAUCCCAAUAUCGCGUCAUUCAAAAAGUUACUCAUGAUAUCUCUAAGCCAGUUAGAUCGGCAAUUGUCGUCACAGACCCUACAAUACAAUUUUCUGUAAACCCUAAUUUUCAUAGUGAAGAUAUAGUAGGUGUUGAAUUAAAGUUAGGAUAUAUAAAAAUAGGUAUUAUUAGCAUGUACUUACAUGAAAAAGGAAAUCUGGACGAAGACCUGCAAAUAAUCAAAAAAUACAUAUCAAGCAUGAAGACGGAAGACAUCAUUAUUGGAGGUGACGCCAAUGCAAAGAGUAUCUGGUGGGGCUGCAAUGCAGAUGACAAUAGAGGGAAAACUAUAAUGGAAGCACUAGCAGAAGUAAACUUAUAA